UAUCAUACCUAUCUCCCCGCACCUGGUACGUGUCACCGUGUACAAUGGGCGUCAAUAUUGAGACAAUCGUUCCUGGUGACGGUAAAACGUUCCCCAAACGGGGUGGUAUGUACAGUAUCUCCGAAACGCGUUCCAACUAAGAUCGCCUCAAAUCGCAACAGACAUGGUCACGAUUCACUACGUGGGCACACUUGAAGAUGGCACCUGCUUUGAUUCGAGCAAAGAUCGUAAAGAGCCUUUUGUGACACAAAUAGGCGUCGGUAAGGUGAUCAAGGGAUGGGAUGAAGGCGUGCCGCAACUAUCACUCGGCCAGAAGGCCAACUUGAUAGCAACUUCUGAUUAUGCCUACGGAACACGCGGAUUUCCGCCCGUCAUUCCACCGAACUCGACCUUGAAAUUUGAGGUUGAAUUGUUGAAGAUCAAUUAAUGACUUUUAAAUGACGCGGCUGUUUACUUUCGGCAUUUGUGACUGUCUUUCUGUACCAAUCCACUCAAUUAUCCGUGGCGGCAUAAUUCUUCAUGCUCGGCUUCUUGUUGCGCCCGGUGCUCUGAUUAUCGCAUCGUCCCGAUGAUCAGCCUUUGGUGACCUGAAUGUGUGGGCCUGCUUUACCUUCUGCGAAAGUCCCGAUAGCAGUCAGCGACUCGUGAUGAACUUGUCGAGACGCUUCCAAGAGAACUUCCAUCGGUAUAUGGGAUGUCCUAUUUUCGCGCGAA